GAGAAAGAGUGGAAAGUUUACCUGUUGACUUUGUCUUAUACUUCGAAGCAGGAAUUUGCCAUGGGUGACAAGGGAGGAGGCAACCAUUCAGACGUGACUGACUUCAUUCUUGUAGGCAUCAGGGUCCGUCCAGAGCUCCACAGUCUCCUCUUCCUGCUAUUCCUGAUUAUUUAUGGGAUGGUCCUUCUGGGGAACCUUAGCAUGAUUGGCAUCAUUGUGACUGAUCCCCGGCUGAACACACCAAUGUAUUUCUUCCUAGGCAAUCUCUCCGUCAUUGAUCUCUCCUACUCCACUGUUAUUGUACCCAAAGCCAUGGUCAACAUACUGUCCCAGAAAAAGACCAUAUCCUUUGCAGGUUGUGUGGCUCAGCUGUUCCUUUAUGCACUAUUCAUGGUAACAGAGGCCUUUGUUCUGGCCGCCAUGGCCUAUGACCGCUUCAUUGCCAUCUGUAACCCACUCCUCUACCCUGUGCGUAUGUCAAGGAGCGUCUGCAUCCAGUUAGUGGCCAGUUCCUAUCUCUGUGGCUGGGUCAGCUCCAUCCUUCAAAUCAGUGUAACAUUUUCCAUGUCUUUCUGUGCCUCCCGGGUCAUUGAUCACUUCUACUGUGAUUCAAACCCAAUUGAAAAGAUCUCCUGUUCCAAUAUCUUCAUCAAUAAGAUGGUGUCACUUAGUUUGGCUGUCCUCAUUAUUUUGCCCACAAUCAUUGUUAUUGUAGUAUCUUACAUGUACAUUGUGUCCACAGUUUUAAAGAUCCGUUCCAGUGCAGGGAGGAAGAAAGCCUUCUCCACUUGCACCUCCCACCUGGGCGUUGUAAGUUUGCUGUAUGGGACUGUGUCCUUUGUGUAUCUCACACCUCCAAACAACCCCGAGCUUCGUAAAGUGGCCUCAGUAUGUUACAUUUUGUUCACACCUAUGUUGAACCCUUUAAUCUAUUCUCUAAGAAAUAAGGAUGUUAAAGACGCUGUGAGAAAAGUCUUAGGGAAGAAAAAAGUUUUGCUCUAA